AUGAGGGUGGUUCAAUGGAUAGAUGCUGCCGCUCAAGUGAAGGGUAACGGAGGUAAGAUCUACCUCGUACUUCACCCCACACCUCUGCUGUCGGGUACUCUCAAAGGACAUGUUCGGCGGAGACGACUCAGACAUCGCAAGAUCAACACAGCAGCUCCCUUCGACGACGAAGAAGAUGGCCUCUUCUUAUUCGCAAACCUCGAAUCCAAGCUCCUCGCACACAACCCCACAGUCGACCUCACGCAAACCCACGCCUCCCUCUCCACCGCGCGCUCCUUGCUCCUCACCACGUUCCGUCCUUCAUACCCCGAAAACGACGCGUGCGGCAAUAUGCGCGUCCAUUUCAGCACGCAGAGGUGGAGGGCUGUCGAGCCGUGGUUUACACCGGGUAUGGCGGGCGUGAAUAGUGCGGGGCUGGGCGCGCUGGCGGGCAACGUGUUGGGGAUGUUUGCCCCGAACGUGAGAGCGCGGUUGGCGAGCACGGUGUUCCUUACGGGUGGUGCGGCGGGUAUACCCGGGAUGGGCGAGUGGUUGACGGAGAAGUUAAAAAGCGGGCUUCCGCUCAGUACCCCUGAUGCGGCUCCCACCGGACGGUUGAGUUGGAGGUUGUCAAUAUGA